UCGAGGGAGGAACGCCGCUGUCCGCGACCGAUCGUCCCCUUCCGCUCACCUUCGGGUUCGGGAAAAGAUCAGUUCUUGGGCUGCAGGACGGCCGGGCGGACGAGCGGUUUGGGCGGCGGCACCGCGGCAGUAGGGGAGGUUUUGCCUGUUUCUUGCUGAUUCCUGCGAGGAGUACAGGGAGGCUUUCAGGCAGGGAAGGCCUUGACGAGGAGUUCAAGGCCCUUGAGAUUAAAGAUUGGCAGUCAUUCAUUGUGGAUGGACAAUAGCAACAAAGAAGAUAUGGGCCCAUCCCAGCGUAAUUCUUUCCCCAAGGUUCACAGCUCAAUGUGCAGUGAGCUGACAAUGAUGCUAGAUAAAGUCUCCUCUAUUCUUCCAUUAAUUGAAGCAGCUCGACCUGGAUGUAAAGCGGGCAUACAAGAAUUAUGCAACCUAUACAAUAUAAUUGAGAAAGGGAAUCUGAUUGUUCAGCACUGCGUUGAAUGUAGCAAGCUCUACUUGGCUAUUACUGGAGAGGCGAUUGUAUCACGGUGUGAAAGGAUCAGAGACUCACUUAGGCGGAGCUUGUUCCUGAUUGAGAACAUGGUCCCACCAUCACUAGCUAAUCAGAUUGUUGAAGUCCAUGAUGAUCUCCGGGACAUAAAAUUUGUUAUUGAUACCAUGGAAGAAGAGGCUGGUAAAAUCAUUUUAGAGAUGCUUCGGCAGUCUGAUGCGACCGAAGAACUUGAACUUGAAACAUUCCUGCAGGCAGCUUCAAACUUAAGCCUAACAUCUCCUAAAGCUAUGUUAAUUGAACGAAGGGCUAUCAAGAAAUUGCUUGACAAGAUUAGCGGUACUGAUCCCAAAAAGGAGGGAGUUCUUAAGUUCCUUCUGUAUCUUGUUAAAAAGUACGGAAAAAACAUCAAACCAGAAACUGGUGACCAGAAUGAAAGCACUCAAUCCGAAAGCCAGUCUUCGAGCUCAAGUUUUGUUAGUGAUAACAGCACUCCUGGAAAGUGCUACACACCGGCACAUAUCCAGAGAAAUGAGGAUCAGACUAGUCUGUCAGGAGCAGCCACACCACCUGCAGAGUUCUGUUGCCCAUUAUCAACAAAGUUAAUGCAUGAUCCUGUCAUAAUAACAUCUGGGCAGACUUAUGAAAGAGAAAAUAUUGAGAGAUGGUUUCGGGAGGGACAUGAUACCUGUCCCAGGACACACAUAAAGCUAGAAAAUUUCUCAAUGAUUCCGAAUACUUGCAUGAGGGAUCUCAUUUUCAAUUGGUGCAAAGAGCAUGGGUUCAUAAUCUCAGAUUUUGUCGCUCCAUCCAAAAAUGCAUACAGUUACUUACCAGAGCAAUUGCAUGGUUACUCUAUGUCAAGUCUGCACAAUGUUUCAGUACCUCUAAUUGCUGGAAAAAUCAGGGAUUUUGUGAUUGAUCAUAGCACUUCAUCUGUUGCAUUAUCUGAUGCCAGUUAUAUGUCAGAUUCAUCCCAUGUGCGGGACAUGGAAGAGCCAAAAGAUAGUUUAACUCAGUUCUCUUGGAAUGCAGACUAUCAAGAAUGUUUCUCGUUCCGCAACUUCAACCAUGACAAGUUCCUAAGGUUCUUUUGCGAGCUAUCCAAGCUCCCAUUGGAACUCCAAGACAGGUCCUUUGGAGAUUUGAAGAACAUUCUUGAUGAGGAAAAUGAGGUUUCAUGUGCUAUGGUUUCCAAUGGAUUCGUAGAGGCAUUCCUUGAUUUCUUAAUGAAUGAAGAUGGAAGCUACAGUAUGCAAGCACAGAAAGUUGGGUUUCAGUUUUUUCAUGUAUUUCUCUCCAAUAGCAGGACUAAUAUUCUACACAUGAAUGAAGCAGCAUUCCGCCUGUUUGUGUCCUUUCUUGAUUCUGAGUUAAAAAUCGAAGCUUUGUUGAUAAUUCAUGAACUGGUUCAGCACCCAAGUUGUCAACAAUCCGAUUUGAUGGCCUCUAUUGUUGCUCCUCCGGUGUUCAAAAUAUUGGAGUCUGAAGAUGCCGAGGGUCUCGAGCUUUGCCUGAAAAUCGUCUGCAAUCUUUCAUCUGAUUCGGCUAUAAAGCCAUACUUAAUUUCACUGGGAAUAAUCUCAAGGUUGUCACCCAUUCUUUCUGAAGGAAGCUUUGCUGAGUGUUGCUUGGAGAUUUUGAGGAACCUGUGUGAUCUGGAAGAAGCCACAAUGCUUAUAACAAAAACCGAUCGAUGCCUUGGUUCCAUUGCAGAAUAUCUUGACACUGGAAACCCUAAAGAACGAGAGCAUGCAGUGGUUAUCCUUUUAGCAGUAUGUUCCCUUAGUGCCGAUGAUUGCUUACUUGUAAUGAAGGAAGGUGUAAUCCCUGCCCUCGUGGACUUGUCAGUAAAUGGAACUGAUGAAGCAAAAGCUUGUUCAAUGAAGCUACUUCAUCUUCUCAGGGAUCUGAGGCGAAGCGAUCAGUUGAACAACUCAUGUUCACAAGAAGUGGUCGUCACCGAUGUAGUGGAAGGUCCUCCAGACAGUUCAAUUCGCAAGCAGCCAAUACCAAAGUCAUCUCGUUUUUUCCAAAGAAAGUUGAACAUUUUCUCAAAACCUCGGUCUCUUACGCUAUUUUGAAAUCUGGCAAAGAUCGAUUGAGUUGGUAACCCUUGUACAUUUUAUAGCACUAACAGUUCUUUUGUAUAGGUGGUAGAGGCUGUAUUGUCUGAAGGAAAUGCCUGAUGAGAUGAUCUUUUUCAUCCUCAUGUAUUUCAGUAGAGUUUGAUUAACAAUAGUAAUGCAUCAUGCAGAUUGCAGUUGUUUGCAUCUUUCUGUGUGUAAAAGGUAGUCUAGAUAUAGUUUUUUCUUUUCCUGGGCACUCUGCUGUAGUGCUAUUCCAUAGCAGCUGGAAAGCCUGAGAACAAGGUUUUGUUUAUCUUAUCUGAAGUUCUGGAGAAAGCAUAACUGGUGUGAUCCA